AUGUCUUUACCCAACACAACGUUUUUUGCAGGCGGCCAUGUCAUAGAACCCGUUAGCUUAAAUCGCACGUGGAAUACAACUACAGUUAACCAGUUGCUGGGUCUCCCGGGGAUGUUUUCGACGUUUAAUCGAGGGCAGCUGUUACGACUGCGUGGAAUAGCAAUUGCGUCCUCAUCAUUGUCAAUUUUAGCUGCAAUCGUCGGCCUAUAUUGCGUUCUUUGCAUCGAUCGGCGACGAAAGGUAUUUCGACAUCAGUUGAUCUUGUUUCUCAUAUCCUGUGAUUUUCUCAAAGCACUUGUACUCCUAAUUUAUCCCGUGGCGAUUCUGAUCGACAACCAUGUCUACGGGUAUCCAGCAUUUUACAAUACGCUCGGUUGGAUGACGGCGUUCGCCAUUGAGGGCGCAGAUAUCGCUAUUGCCAUUUUUGCAGUCCAUUUUGCACUACUGAUUUUUGUGCCGUCGUGGAAAUGGCAGAACAACGCGAGUGCCAACAUGGAAGGAGGUCUGUUCCGCGUGCGGAAAUAUCUCUAUCCGGCAACGUUUAUGCUCCCAACGGUGCUUGCCAGUCUCGCGUUUGUGGGCUUCAAAACAUUCAUACCUGUCAAUCUGAAUGACCGUGUCGUUUUGGACAACAACAAUUUUGGGUUCCCCUACCAGGCUCGAGAAGGUGGUUACAAAGCCAUGAGUGCAUGGUGUUACCUACCACCACAUCCUUUGUGGUAUCGCAUCGUACUAAGUUGGGGCCCUCGUUAUUUUAUUAUCGUGCUGAUCUUCACCAUAUACAUCAGCAUCUACAUCUUCGUUUCGAAAGAAAAUCGCAAGAUCAAAAACCAGAUUGGUUCGUUUAGACACGACGAUAGCGUUGAUAUUCAUCGUGACCGUGAUUGCAAGGGUAAACUUCUAAGCGUGGGGCAAAGGUUUCGGAUUUACUGCAGAUACUUCUGUAAAAGAACAGGUCUAUUAAAAAUAGGUCGAAGCCUGUGCAAUUUCUUCUUCUUCUCUUUUGAGGAGUACCGGGAUGAGCCGGCCGAAAAGGAUGACGAAGGAAGGCAGGUAGACGCUCUUGCUCGAGUUCUCAGUGAUCAGGCUGCAUUACAGUCAAGUUCGACUCAGGCACAAAAGACACCCAUCAAGGCACACAGGUCAUAACUCUCGGCUAGUGGUUCUAACGCCUUACCAUAUCACUUUAAAAAGAGGCAUUCUAGCUUCUCCAAUAUGAGCCCCAGGACGCCCUUGACACGCGGUAAAGUGGCAAAACCGGCCUCAAAGGGUACUAACGUAGAGCGGGGAACAGAGCAAGACUAUUUUUCACACUUGCCAACCUCGGAAGAUCACCCGCUUUCAAAAAACAGUCGUCGCACGGAUAAAAGCCGCUCAAAAAAUUCAGUCACCUAUGAAAAACAUGGAUCGAAAAGCUCAUUACCUCGAAUCGAAGCCUUGCAAGGUGACGCCAAUUCACUUUCACCUAUGGGACUGGCAGACUCAGGCAAUGACACGUUACAAACUUAUCCUGCAGCACACAGGCCGCUGGAGGUAAAUAAUCAGCUUCGGCGGGGCCAGAAGGAUUCUAAUUUUACUUUGGCUGGUACGGAUCAUGUAUUAGGACUUCAGCACAACUUCCAAUCCGAAACUUAUCAGGAUUUCAAGAAAAGGCGAGCUCAAAUUCAAAAGCAGUUGAGGUCUAUCUUCAUCUAUCCGUUUUCCUACGUCGUAAUUUGGAGUUUCCCUUUGGCCGUGGAUGUGAUUCAGUAUCACUACGAAAUUUUGCAUGGGCCAGUAAUAUGGCUUGAGUACAUUGCAACGUUUAUGCAGCCACUCAGCUGUUUUGUUGAUGUUCUUGUGUUUCUAUAUCGAGAACGGCCUUGGAGGCAUUCCUGGGCAUCGAUCACCAAAAAGGAGCUUUACAAUAAUUAUGCUUUCAAAGGCGAAAUUGGUGAACAGCCCAUUCGGGAAAUGUGCAACUCCGAACUGGGCAAGAAAGGCUGGUACUACAGAGGUAGAUGGUCCAAGCUGGAAUGCUGGCGAUACAAGCCGCAGAGGUGGAAGAGGAUAGCCUGGUUUUGCUAUCGUUUUACCAAAGGUUGUUGGCACAAGCAUUUUGAUUUUGAAGACAGGUGCAACGACGCGACGUACUGGGACAAUUAUUAUUUGGGGAAGAAACAAAAUUUUGAUCAUAUCGAAAGAUCAAAGCUCAGCUGUGCUGAGGCAUUCAAGGAGGUGUUGGACGUGGAUAAUAGCAGGCGAGAAUCAUAUGUGUCCAAUUCUACCGGUGAGGAAUUAUACGAAAAUCAGGGAUAUGUCCGCAUUCCACUCAUGUGGCGGCUUGUGCACUCUUUACCCAUGCUUGAAGCUGUGGACUUGGACCAGCUUGACUAUGAUCUACGCACCAACCAGCGCGAGUGGGGAAUUGACAUACCGGGGAUGGGUUUAGCCCUGCAAAGUAUUUCGCAAAAGAAGACGGAGGUGAGCGGGGAAUCUUUUUUCAAGCCAGACUAUGAUAUGGCAAGAUCCAGGUCUGACCCAUCGGAAGUCGCGCCUCUUCCACGUGCACGUUUGGGCAUGCCGCGACACAGUUCUUCCCGCCUGUCCCAAAACACUCAAAAUACGCAGUCCCCAUUGCACAGCUUCGUUUCGGAAGCCUCAAGUAGUGGUCAAAGACAGGCAUCUGCAACCAACUCAGGCGAAGCUCGUGGGAUACGCUUGGGCCACAAGGAGUCUGGCAGUGCUAGCAGCAGCCAGGACUCGGAUGAAGAGAACACGGCUGGUAAGAGGAUAGAUCUCCUGGACUUUUUGAAUGGUUGA